AUGUCAGGCCCACUAGGUAGUCUACCAGGUAUGACCUAUGACCCAAUCAGAAAUCGAUAUUUUCCUACUCCCAAGGGACCUAUACCCAACCCUACUGAGGAAGAUACCAGACCAUUACCUCCUCCUAGAUCGCAAGCUGGUCCAUCAGGUAGACAGCAACCACAUUGGAGAAACCCUUCUCCAAAUUCGAUUUCACAGAGGGACGAAUCGAUCGAUCCGAGGAGCAACGCUAGAUCAAGGUCGCAAGAUACCAGACGGUUUGCUCAACCUGAAUAUCAAGCACGAACACGAUUACGAAGAGACGAUCAGAUGAGAAAUAUCGAAAGUCUCACCCUGCCCCAACCGGAUUGUUUCAUCCAUGCUUCGAAAAGGGCCAGGAGUGGAUCUGUAUCGCUUGAUCUGAUGGAUAAGAGUAAAUUACAUAGAGUGGGGAAGUUGAGCAAAGGUAGAUUUGGGGUUAGGUAUGGAGGAAGUGGAGAGAAGACCGAGAGGAAUUUGAGCUUACAAAAUCAAAUACUGAGUAAUCUGGAAUUAGACGUCGAGCAUCAUGCUUGUGGUUGUCAUGGGGAGAUCAUAACGUCUUAUAAGACAUUUGGCGAUGAGGCUUAUUACGCUACAACCGAUCAUGGUAAAGUCAUUAUGCAUCAUAAGAAUGGAAAUACUGCGAUAUUCUCGGUAUGUGCUCAGAAUCUCGUAGGGAUGCAUUGUGACAUACCCCGAUUAACGAUGAUAGCCAUCGCCGGUGGAUCCGAACCUCACUUGCAUCUUUUCAAGAGAGAUCCAGAAUUGCUAGAUCAUGUCUUUAUGACUCAUUCGGAAUUGGACUUGCACAGAGCAGAGAUCUAUGGAGUUAGUAGUUUUGAUGAUGUAUGUACACUAGGCGGUGCAAAAUGCCUGACUACGGUCAACUACACCUCGUCACUUCGAUCUUUCCCACGUAGAUUACAAUCUGACGCCCUAGCGGUUCAUCAAAUCUCUCGUGAUUUAGUGUAUGUAGGUCAGAGAUCGGGUCAUGUCACUCUGGAAGAUCUACGAACGAGCCCCAGGAACUCCAACAUCGUAGCUAGUACGAUGAGGGGGAAAGCUGUCGUGGGAGUGAAAAGGUUACAGGACUCGGCGGUACCUUGGGGAGUGGUCGUUAGUGGGAUGAGUCAUGAGAUGUUACUUUUCGAUGCGAGGUUCGGAGACAAGCCGUUGAGAGUCUUCGAAGGGCAUUUCAAUACAUUCCACUCCAAUGUCGCUCUGGCAGCUUCCCCAGAUGAUAAGACUUUAUUCUCCUCCACAUCCGAUCGAAGAAUCAAAGCAUGGUCAGUCAUCUCUGGAGAUCCACUCAUGCCUACGACUUCACCUGCUACUUCCUCCUUAUCACCUGGAUGGGACAAUGAACCGUUGUCCGAUGAUAAUCCGUUAAACAAAGUAUACGAACAAAGAGUCAGUCAUUUGGAUAUCAAUGAUGAAUUGGGAUUAGACGUAGUUGUACGAGGUGACUUGUAUAGAUAUGGUAGAAAAUAG